GAUGCAUAUCUUCAUGUCUCUAAUCAUUUCUGAAAACAAACUUAAUCUAAGAAAUAUUGGAGCUAGCUUUUUCCUGUAAAUUUAUUCUCCAUGAUCCUUGUGGUUUUUCUCUAUCUCUCAAGCUUUCUGACCAUCACUUUCACAAAAGCAUUUAUCACCCCAGUAUUAAUCGCCGAGUAUUGUCCAUCCUCCUCUUCUUCCCAUUUCACCAUUAACAGCACUUAUCACUCCAACCUCAAGCUUCUCUUAUCCUAUCUUUCCUCCAACCCCAGUACUAUCUACACCUCCAAUGGACUUUCCCAAGUCAUUUUCCGCAACGCCGUCGCAGGCCAAGCUCCUGACGAGGUCUACGGUCUCUUUCUUUGCCGUCGUGAUCUCAACUCCACCACUUGCCAAGACUGUGUUACUUAUGCAGCCAGAUACGUAACUCUAGUUUGUCCAACUGGAAAACUAGCUAUAACAUGGUUCGAUGAGUGCCAUUUGCAAUACUCAAACCAGUCUCUCUUCUCUGUCUUGUCACAAAAUCCCUCAGUUGGGGUGCCAAACACCGAAAAUGUUACGGAGCCCGACAAGUUUGAUGAUUCGGUGUUGAGUUUGAUGAACGCAGCCGCGAGUAAAGCUGCUGAUUCACCGGAUAAGUUCGCGGGAGCUAAGAAGGAGAAUUUUAGAGUUAAUGAAACGUUGUAUGGGCUUGUGCAGUGCACACAGGGUUUGUCUAGUAGAGAUUGUUUUACAUGUCUUCAAGCGGCCAAUGCUGAUUUACGAUUCUGUUGUGGGGGGAAGAGAGGAGGAAGAGUGUUGACUCCGAGCUGUAUUUCCCGGUUUGAAUUGUAUUCGUUUUUUAAUGAAUCUUUCAUUUCGACAGUAGCUCCUGGUUCUGUGACAGAGUCUCAAGUCGAGUGAGGAGGAGAAACGUCUUACCACGUCAGUGGAGUGAAGAGGUGAGAGGAUUUCUGGCAUUAUUUUGGGUCCGUUUGGUUUAUUAUUUAUCCAUAUUCUAUCCCUAUUCCAAUUACAAAUGCACGUUUGUUUCCUUAUUUUCAAAAUCCUAUCCUAAAUUAAAAAACCAUUUAAACCCCCCUAAGUUUGUUAAUUGACAAAAAUAGCCCUAGCAAAAAAAUUUAUAAAUUAACAAAAAUACCCCA